CAAAACUUCCUGACAUAAUAAUAUAACGCAGAUUUUACAAUUUGAAAAUAACAAAUAAAUCGAAAUGGCUUCCAAGCACAGGACAUCUUUAAAUGAAGCAUCAGAUUUGAAACAUGACUUUGCCUGCUCCAUGUGUACAGAUGAUAAGCUCAACAUAGAGGCGAAGUUUUUCUGUGGGGACUGCUCGAAAUAUUUCUGUGACAAUUGCCUGACAUUCCAUUCUGAAACACACAAAGGUCAUGCUAUGUUUGGCCGUAAGGAUGUGGGACAGGAUGAUGCCAUAGUUACUUGUGACCUUCACCCUCAAAAGGCGAUAGAACUGCUGUGUGAGGACCAUGCUGAGCUUUGCUGUAACCUCUGUGUGUCCCUUGAUCACAGGAACUGUAAGCGCAUCACAUUAAUACCGGAUGCAGCCAAGAAUAUACACAAGAUGGGCAACUUCAAUCAACUUCAAAACAACAUUACCAAAGUAAUAGCAAGCCUGGACCGGAUGAAAAAGUCCAAAGAGAAUAACCAGAAAUCCCUGAUGGCUUCAAGCAAGUCCAUACUGACAAAGAUCAAGGUUCUGAGGACGUCACUGAACAAACUGCUAGAUGAGCUGGUGGAGAGCACAGUGGAAGAGUUAAACAGUGUCGUGGUUGACCUCGAUGACACACUGCAGAAGGAUAUUGACCAGUGUGACCUCCUACAUGACCAGCUCAAUGCCCUCUUUGCUACCAUCCAAACUAAGCGCAAAGAAAAUGUGGCUGGAUUCUAUAUCAGCUACAAGAAAUGCCAGGACAAGAUUACAGAGGCCAACAGUUUACUACGAAAGUUGUCAAGGGAACCAAAAGCAACCGUCACUUUCCAACCUGACCCCAAGGCUGAACAAGUGUUGUCUGGCUUAGAGAUACUUGGAAACAUCCAGAGGUAUCCUGAAACAGAAACUCAUUUACAAUCAUCUGGACAGCUCGAUCUUCAAUCAUUCUUUACAUCUCCAGUAACAGAUCCGUUUGGUAAUCCAUUCAAGUUCAAGUUUUGGUAAUAGCAAUGCUAAAAAUGGCUUAAUAUUGACAAUUGUCACAAGCUUUGAGAAAAUACCUCUGUGUAUCAACAGUUACAUUUAGUUGUCAAAUAAUGGAGGUAAACAGCAUGUAUUCAUUCAAUGAAUUUACAAUAUCUUGGACAUAUUAACUAGUAUGCAAUUUCCUUUUAUUGCUUUUAUAUAUUCUCUACAAAUAUUCUAUUGUUUCAAUUGAACAAUUAAAUAGC